AUGCUCCCUGACGGCUCCAUUCGCUUCUUCGACGACUCGUCGACCCAAUCCGGCGAGCAUCUAACGGCCCAGACCGUCCUCUCUGAGUAUCCCGACACGCAUCUCACAUCGGUCGUAUCCGUCGUGUCACCAACCACCCCUCUCGUCCCGGGUGAAACCUACUUCCUCAGGCCGAAGCGAGCUACCCAGCAGGUGACCACCCGCCCGGAGCCUUCUCGUCACUGCUCUGUUUCGCGCGAGGGGUCGCCGGUACUUCCGAUUUCGCGCCUGAGCCUCAGAGCCGGCGGCGGAGCCGCGUCGAGUGACGCGAUCCCGUGGCGCCGCUACCCGCUGCACCUCGAGAACGCCGUUCGCAACGCCAUCGCCAGGGGUCUCCCGUCAUUCGAUCUCGGCACCUUCGCAUCCGACGCGUACCCUAACGGCGCGCGCUAUACCGCGGAUCUGCGCGCCAUGACGCAGCGGAACGUGCAGAGCGGGUACACACGCCAGAUUAAGGUGAUUGGCGCGGCGCUGCCCGCUCCUGCGCCGUCCCAGGCCUUGGGAAUGCCGAAUCAGCAGGGCCUUCAGCUGCCAGGGGGAGCACCCAUGCCGACCAUCCACUGGCGUGACAGUCGCAACAACCUCCGGCAGUACGACGCAGCCACGGCCCGAGCCAUCUUCCGAGCCGGCGCGCAGGGCUACAUGUGCGCGCAAACCGCGCCAAUCAUCACCGAUGCGUACCCCUUGGGCGUGGUGUAUACUGCAGCGCAUGGUGCAGCGGAACCCAUUCACGGGCAGGGAGAGGGAUGUGGUGGUGCAGUUUCCACACAACCCUCUGGAGCUGCUCAAGCUGGCUCUGGGGGCAACUGGGGAGGAUCGCAAGCAGCUGUUAGGUGCAACACUGGAAGCGUUUUGCUCAGAGGACAAUGUGAUGACGAUGCUGGCGGGAAAGAUUUCGCCGUACCAGGAAGCGAUCUCUCCGUCGCAGCAGCUGCCACAUCUGCCUUCGCCUCCCUCUUCUCCGCCGCCUGCGACGUCGCACACCGCUUGCAAGCGAGUAACUCCCAUGCGUGCGACAGACUGAGCGACGCUUCUGUGGACCACGCCACUGCAUCGCCAGAACAAAACGCCGGGGCAGACGAUUGUAACGCGUCGCCGAUGGAAAUUAUUCCACUAACGGGAUCUGGAAACGCGUGCAUUCAACUGGGGCUCGGCGUUGGCGGAGCGAGCGCGAACUUCUAUCAGCGGCUCGGAUCCGGAACCGGCCGGCUCGUCGCUGCGGCUGUAGCGGCGUCGACUCGCGCCGCAGGCCCGCUUGUCGCGUCGCACAUAGCCCACCGCGUCGUCUGGCUACAGCCGGCGAAAGGCCUGCUACAGACGUCGGCUGCGGCUGUCACGCCUGCAGUCGCCGGCCCAGCGGGACCAGGAUUGGGUGCGCUGCCCGUUGGAGUCGCACGUCUGCCGAUCGUUUUGCAACAGUCUGCGAUCGGCGGACUUUUGUCGCUGAGCGCGGUGGCAUUAGGGGCAUUGGGAUGGGCGAGGGCGUGUUCAGCGGAAGACGAGCGCGUCGGAGCGCGGCCGGGGGUGCGGGGGGAUGGUUCGCGGGAGAAUUCCGCGCUAGGUCAAGGCGCGGGGGAGGACGAAGCGGAGGCGGUGCUUUCACAAGUGGCGUCUGUUGCGGAAGCGCGGAAGCGGCCUCGUGAGACAGAUGGCGACAGUGUGCCGCACGCGUGUGUGGCGACGGUGGUGGCGGGUGCGGAGAGGGGCGUGGUGGUGGAACCCAAGACGAAGCACUCCUUCCCCGUCGUGCUGCGGCAAGAGGGGCAGGGACGCGGGCUGCUGGCAGGGGUGGGCAUCAGAGACACAGUCAUCGCAAGGAUCAAGUCCAUCAAAGUAUAUGCCUUCGGCCUCUACGUGAGUCCAUCCAGCCUGGGGGGCGAUGAGCACCUCAAGGCCAAGUACGGCGCCAUGCCUCUGGACGAGCUGCGAAUCAGCCAGGAGUUUUACGACGACCUGCUCAGUCGUGAGAUUGGCAUGACGGUGCGGCUGGUGCUGCACUACAGAGGGCUCAACAUGAAGAUGGUGCGCAAUGCGCUCAACACAUCCCUCUCUAAUCGCCUCACCAAGCUACUGGGCCAUGCAGACGACCCGGGCUUCCAUACUCUUAACGAGUACCUCUCGCUGCCGCACCAAGUCAAGCGGGGCACCACCAUCGACUUCACCUGGCAGCCAGGAGGAACGCUGCUCACUGAGAUUGACGGGAGGCGCAUGGACCCAAUAGUCAGUGCUCCUCUAUGCAGAGCCUUCUUUGAUUUGUACAUCGGCCAUCCGCCCGUGUGCGAGAAGGCAAAGCAGCGGAUCGGGGAGGGCAUAGGACGGAUGAUUGCCACGUGCUAA